AUGUCUACCGAAAACUUCAAGUUCUUGGAGCCAGGGGCCCGAGAGCCGGAAGCUCUGAAGAAGAAGCGGCCGAGGUCGACGGCGGGCGGUGUAGGGGUGGCUAAUGGAGAGCAGGGGAAGCAAAAGAAGAAGCGGCGCGAGGAGAUUGUCCAGGUUCAGCAGCCGCCACAACGGACGACGCAGCGGGGACCGCCAACGGCAGCAGCGACGGCAGAGGCCGACGACCGGCUCCCCCGCACCGUGUUUGUGGGCAACCUGCCGGCACACGUCAAGCGCAAGUCGCUGGCCCAGCUGUUUGCUGGGUGCGGGCGGGUGGAAUCCGUGCGCCUGCGCUCCCUGCCGUUGCAGCGGGAUCCAACCAGCAAGAUCCCGCGCCGCGGUGCCAUCGCCUCGGGUGCCAUCGAUGCAGACCAAUCUGCGCAUGCGUGA